AUGACCGCAGCAGCGCAAGGAUCAACGGGCAGUCGGAACGGUGCGAGGAUCGACGAGCGGUCAGGGCACGGCGGGGCCGGUGGAGCUUGGGGCCGGCGGGGGAGCUCAGGGCCGGGGGAGCUCUGGGCGGCUCGGGGUCGGCUGUGUGUGUCAUCCUGGGGGAGCUCGGAGUCUGGGCGCCAUGCGAGCUCAGGGGGCAUGAGGGCACCGGGCGAGGGCUGGCCGCCGGGCAUCAGGGCGAGCGCGUCGGGACGGGCGGGGAAGUGGACGGGCGGGCUCGACAGGACCUCAUGGGAGGGGGGACGACGAGCAGGGUGGCAGCGGCGUACCUCAAAUACCACUAGAUGCCUGAACCUGACAUCCUACAACUACCUCGGUUUUGCUGCAGCAGAUGAGUACUGCAUUCCACGCGUUGUCGAGUCUCUCAAGAAAUACUCAGCAAGCACCUGCAGUGGUCGUGUCGAGGGCGGCACAACCAAGCUUCACACUGAGCUGGAGGAGCUGGUUGCACGUUUUGUUGGAAAGCCUGCUGCUGUCCUAUUUGGCAUGGGCUAUGUUACAAACUCUGCCACCAUUCCCUGCCUAAUUGGAAAGGGUGGGCUGAUAAUUAGUGACUCUCUGAACCACAACUCAAUUGUCAAUGGCGCAAGAGGAUCUGAUGCAACUGUUAGGGUUUUCCAGCAUAACUCCCCUGCUAAUCUGGAAAAGGUCCUGAGAGAGCAGGUAGCUGGUGGUCAGCCACAGACACGCAGAGCAUGGAAGAAGAUCAUUAUCAUUGUUGAGGGUAUCUACAGCAUGGAAGGGGAGCUGUGUAAACUCCCUGAAAUCAUAGCUGUUUGCAAGAAAUACAAGGAUAUAAUUCAGCACCUGAAGCAGAGUUGUCCAGCUUAUCUGUAUGCUACUUCCAUGUCACCGCCAGCAGUGCAACAAGUUAUCUCUGCUAUUAAAGUUAUCCUUGGGGAGGAUGGCUCCAACAGAGGUGUCCAAAAACUUGCGUGCAUCCGUGAAAGCAGUAAUUUCUUCAGGUCAGAGCUCAAGAAGAUGGGGUUUGAGGUUCUUGGUGACAAUGACUCUCCUGUCAUGCCUAUAAUGCUCUACAAUCCGGCUAAGAUUCCUGAAUUUUCUAGGGAGUGUUUUAGACAAAAGGUUGCUGUUAUUACUGUGGCAUUUCCUGUGACACCCCUUCUUCUUGCAAGAGCACGUAUCUGCAUUUCUGCUUCACACACUAGGGAAGACCUGAUGAAAGCUCUUGAUGUUAUCAGCAGAGUCGGUGAUCUUGUGGGCAUCAAAUAUUUCCCUGCAGAACCACCAAAGAUUCCCGAAGCUGAUGCUGAAAUUACCUCAUGA